AUGGCUGACAGCGAUACCAAGUAUGUUGCCAUUAUUGGCUGUGGCACAAUCGGCCGCCAGGUGGCUCUUGUCUACGCUCAACACAACCGCAAAGUGACUCUAUAUGAUACAAACAAAGACGUUGCGCAGGAUGCUCUGCACUGGAUUGAGUUAAAGCUCGAGCAAAACUCCGAACAGCCUAACCUCGUGAAGACCGCCCGGGAGCUGAAGGACACCGUCGAGAAUGCGUGGAUGGUUAUUGAGUGCAUCGCCGAGGAUAUCAAUGCGAAGAAGCAGUUGUUCAAUACAUUGAGCUCUCUCUGUGCUUCAAACACAACCAUCACGACCAACUCAUCCUCGAUUCGCAGCAGUGUCCUGGUCCAAGGCAUCGUGGCUGCGAGCCAACGUCGCAUUCUCAACGCUCAUUACUUCCCCCCAGAGCAGGGGCCUUUUGUCGAACUCAUGUCAUGCGGGCAUACAGACCCUGACGUGAUCGAGUUCCUGUCAAAGGAGCUCCGCGGGAUCGGGCGCUGUCCGGUGGUCUGCCAAGCCGAUUCGACGGGUUUCAUCAUGAACCGUAUCUGGGCGGCAGUCAAGCGCGAGAUCAUGAUGGUGCUUGCGGAUGGUGCAGGCAACCCGACGGAUAUCGAUGCGAUGCUCAAGCAAGUCAUGCAUGCUAAGUAUGGGCCCUGCGAGCUCAUGGACUUGGUGGGCUUGCAGACAGUAUGCGACAUUGAGGAGAUUUAUCUGAAGGAGCGAACGUACCUCCCAUCUUACGCAUUGGAAUUCUUCCGAGAGAAAUAUGUGGAAUCAGGCACUGGU